AUGCUGGAGGAACUGAGUGCCUUUUAUGAAACCUGUUGCGGAGUAUCCUUCACCAUGCUGAGGGAGAGCUUGAGGGGCUACAGCAGCGGCUCGGAGGAGGAUGAGGAGGAUGAAGAGGACAUGGUGUGUGGGGAAUUGGACCAGGAGGAGGAGAUGAUGGACCUCAGUGACCUGCCCACGGCUCUGUUCGCCUGCAACGUCCACGACACGGUGUUCGACCAUGAGCUGCACCGGGAACGGUUUGAGGCUGUGUUCCGGCAGUACGACGAGCAGGUCACUUUCCAGCUCUUCAAAAGUUUCCGUAGAGUGAGAAUAAACUUUAGCACUCCAGAGGCCGCGGCACGUGCCCGCAUCGAACUGCACGAGACAGAGUUCAACGGAAACAAGCUCAAGCUCUACUUUGCCCAGAUCCAGAAUGGAGAGGAGGACAUUGACAAGACGUACCUGGCCCCUCCUCAGCCGGUGAAGCAGUUCCUCAUCUCUCCCCCGGCCUCUCCGCCCGGGGGCUGGAGUCAGAGCGAAGACGCCACUCCGGGCAUCAACUACGACCUGCUGUGUGCGGUGGCCAAGCUGGGACCAGGGGAAAAGUACGAGCUGCAUGCGGGCACGGAGUCUACCCCCAGCGUGGUGGUGCACGUGUGCGAGAGUGAGACGGAGGAGGAGGAGGGUGCACGGGCGAAACAGCAGAUCGUCCAGACCAGACGCCCCGAUGGCCCCUCCGAGGUCUGCAACUAG